CUCAUUCAUUGUUAGCUCCUCAUUAAUACUCAGUCCACGGGAUUUAUUUCUCAGCAAGAGUCCGAGCGCGCAGCCCGCCGAAGAGUGCCGAAGUUUAAGAGUCUGACUGGGAUUUCACUAUCAAAUGUACUUUUUAAGCAAGUUUCAGGUGUGAAGAUGUGAGUCAUCCCAUAUCAGACACCUGCACCAGUAUAAACUAGUUAACCUCGCUACAUACCAGCCAAGACCUCCGUUCAUCCACACACAUUCAGCUAUCGUCAGAUGUAGAGGGGAAAAAACUGCAAUGUCUUCCAUCUGCCAAACCUGCCUCAGAGGAAUCUACAGUUGUCAGUGGAGAAGUCAAAAUAGAAAACAAAACAGGGCUGGCUGCUGGUUCUCCUUUCUGUCUUUUGUGUCCAUACUUGCCUUGAGUUGGAUGUACGUUUGUUUUAUUGCCUUCAACGACCGUGAUAGUGUAAACUGGGAGGCCUUCAAAAAAUUUAAAAAAUGGGCGAACUGGUACAUGAUAGUGAUGGUGGUUUCCGCUGUGCUGGCCAUAUACUGCCUUCUUCUGCUGGCAUUUGGACUACUGCAUUUAGCAAUCAGAGAGCCCUUGAAUUUACACUGGCUGCAUAAGGUGCUUCUGUUUUUAGGCCUCCUCAUUGUUACUUUAGGCACAGCUGGAUUUUGUAUAAAAUGGAAAGAUGAGUGGAAAACUGUCUAUAUGUCAUUUCAGGCCACUGCUCCGUUCCUGCAGCUGGGUGCUGUCGUGGCUUUGACCUUGAUCAGCUGUCUGGUGUUUCAGAGUUAUCACAAAGCAGAAACAGCUGCUUGUAAGGUUUUUAUAAUGAUGACCUUCCUGGCAGUGUCCGUUGCUGUGUUCCUCUGUCCUCUUGCAAUCUGCUCUCCAUGCAUUACCAAAAAUCUUCCCCCAAAACCGGCUCUCGUUGGACACCGAGGUGCUCCGAUGAUGGCUCCGGAGAACACCAUGAUGUCAUUCAGGAAAAGUUUGGAGUGUGGUGUGGUGGCGUUUGAAACAGAUGUGCAACUCAGCAAAGACAUGAAGCCUUUUCUUAUGCAUGACAAUAAUUCAAGCUUUCUGCUGCGGACAACUGAUGUGAAGGAGAAAUUUCCAGGUCGAGCUGCUGAAAUGCACACUAACUUCACAUUGCAUGAGUUACAGACUUUAAAUGCAGGCGAUUGGUUUCAAAAGACAGAUCCAUUUCGGUCAGUGUCAUCGCUCUCAGAUGAAGAGAAGAUGGAGGCUAACAACCAGACUGUGCCAUCUCUUUUUGAGCUACUAGUCAUGGCCAAAAAACACAACGUCUCCCUCAUAUUUGACUUGAAAAAUGAGAAAAACUCAACAGGAUUCCACAACAGUGACUCCUACUACACCACUGAAACGAUCAAAAAAUCAGGCAUUUCUCAAGAGAAGAUAUGGUGGCUUCCUUCAGAAUAUCGACAUGACGUGAGAAGCGUUGCACCAGGUUUCAAGCAGGUGUAUCCUAAUGAAAAAGACAUGACUGCGGAUGGUGGAAGCUUUCUGAAUAUGCACUACAGUUCACUGAAUGCUCAAGAAAUAAGUGAGCUGCGGAAAAAAAACGUGUCCGUGAAUCUGUGGGUUGUGAACGAGCACUGGCUCUUCUCAUUACUGUGGUGCUCCGGGGCCAGUUCAGUGACCACCAAUGCCUGCCACAUCCUCAAAAACAUGUCUGAACCUGACUGGCAUCUGGAGCCCAAUAUCUACAUGGGAAUAUGGAUCUCGGUUGACGUGAUAUCAUUGCUGUUGAUGAUCGGCCUGUUCCUCUUGCAAAGGAGGAACUAUAUUUUUCAUCAACAAACAAGUGAGAGAAUUGUCCCCCUGCUUCCUCGCUGAACGUUGCCAUCCCUGAUGAUAAUGCAUUUCCUUGAUUCACAUUUGAAGGACUGUAUGUGGGCAUUGUAGGAAAGUCACACGAUAUUAAAAGUUAUGCAGUGAAUUAAAUAUUUGUGCUUGUAAUGUAGACUGCAUAUUCAAGGCCUGUUUGAUUUGAGUUUAUAUGUUUCAUUAUUAGGGCAGCAUGUUGUGCAGUGCUGCCACCUUUUGACAGUUAUUUAAGCAGAACGGCAACUUUUCUUAAAUGGCAAAACUUGUGAAAAAUUUUGGAUCUGUCCCAAACCUUAACCAUGUUCAGUGACAGCAGCAGAAAGUGUUUUGCAAUGCAACAGGAGCACAGUAAGUGUAGUCAAAGACAUCUAGUGUUUGUGUGUAUUUUUAUUUUUUGCAAAUGUGCAUUCAAGACAUCCAGAAGUGGUUUAAGUAUAGCUGUAUUAUGUAUUCAUUAAAAAGAAGGAAAAAAAGGGGAGAUCUAGGUUGGCAACGGGAAAUUUUUUUUUAUUUCUUGUAUAUUGUACAGGUUAAGCUUUCUAGCAAACAGCAUUUAUUGCUAAUAUAAUGAUUCAUGAUAUAUUAGUAUUUUUCACAAAUUGUACAGUAUUUUAAAUAACCAAUAUGGAGGCUUUGGUCCUCAAAGUGCAUGUUUUAUACCCAUGUUAUAUAUAUAUUAUUUAUAUAUAUAUAUAUAUAUAUAUAUAUAUAUAUAUAUAUAUUUUUUUUUUUUAACCAUUAUUUUGUUCAAGCAAAUAAAAGUUUGUUUUAUUGAUAUUGCAUUUUGCUCCUGCAGUCCUAAACACAUGAGUGGCAUAAUCAGGUAGGCUGUUAACAGGAACUUUGAGAAGUAAAACAACUAAGACAAUCUAAAAUCUAUUUUAUUAGAUAGAUAUAUGUAUGUGUAUGUGUAUGUGUAUAUCUGUGUGUAUGUAAAAAAUACAUGUGUUAAGAAGUGUCGGUCUGUCAAUCCAUUUGCCUUGUUGCUUCCCUUUAAAGAAAUUGUGCCAGCCAACUACACAACCUUAGCCACAAAUGCAAAACAUAGCUACAGUCAUGUUUUUUUAAAAAUAUAUAUAUAUAUUGUGAUACUGAAUGUAAGGUUUAUCAAAUAAAAAAAAAUUACGCACCAUAGUCUACCUUUUCACUUGCUUUGCAAUGUGAAUUUCUUGUAUAAAAAUGAUAAAAGCCAUUCUGUGUGUAUUAUGUAAAUGUAACAAAGCAAAAGUUUGAAUU